AAAAUAAAGUAGAUGUAGGAAAUUGCUUGAAUACUAACCAGGAAAUUAUAGCUUGCAAUGCUAUUGAAAGCAUUAAUAGCUUGGAAUAUGGCUUUGGACAAGCAGUAUGGAGGACUUUGAUAAGAAGCUUUAAUGAAUGAGUGAUUCGAAAUAGAUGUUUUUCGCUGAUUCCACCAUGUAAACAUUUACUGACAGAUUGUUAUCCCACAUCUCUCAAGAUUUAACUCUUCCUAAAUCUUUGCAAAAUGAGAGAUCCAGAUCACCGACGAUCUCGUAAUCGAAAUUCUUCUAAUCGCAAUUCAAAUCAACCUGAAAUCGUUGAUCGUACAGCUGAUGGGGCAGAAGAUACUCAACAUCCAUUCAACGAAAAUGAUUCUGAAAAUGAAGAGUGGGCUAGUCUCCGAUGUUCAAGUGUUCAAACAGAAGUUAUUGCUGAAAGAAAUCGUCGAAAUAGGCAACGAAGUGCUGGUUAUCCUGGCUUAGCUUUCGGUGCAUCAUUAUUUUUAUCAGGAACAAUGAUGAAAUUUGGUGUCAUAUCAAAUGAACUGCAUAACAUCAUGAAUGUGCAACUAAAAAGGGCUGAAGGUGAAGUUGCUGCCUUAAACAGGCGUAUCCAGCUCAUUGAAGAAGAUUUGGAAAGAUCAGAGGAACGUCUUAAAAUCGCAACAGCUAAAUUAGAGGAAGCUUCCCAAAGUGCUGAUGAAAGUGAACGUAUGCGAAAAAUGCUUGAGCACAGGAACAUCUCAGAUGAAGAGCGUAUGGAUGCUCUUGAAGAUCAAUUGAAGGAAGCUAAGCUCAUGGCUGAGGAAGCUGAUCGCAAAUAUGAUGAGGUUGCUCGUAAGAUGGCCAUGGUUGAAGCUGAUCUUGAACGUGCUGAGGAGCGUGCCGAGACUGGUGAAAACAAAAUUGUAGAGCUUGAGGAAGAAUUGAAAAUUGAGGGUGAUAUCCUAAGUUAACAAAAAAAUUAAAACUAAAUUUCGCAGAUUUUCAAUUUUUUUCUUGUAAUCUUUUCUUGUUUACUGUUUAUCAUACUUAUGUAUCAAAGUCUAAUCAAGAAAGGCUUUCAACAAAAUUCCCAUUAUUUUCUAUUUAAUUCUUUUAGUGAGUUUUAAUCAGUGAGUGAGUCAUCGUUACAAAAAAUAAUUUUUUUUUCAGCAAAAUUGUAGAGCUUGGAGGACGAACUGAAAAUUGAGGGUAGCACCCUAAUUUAACAAAAAAAUUAAAAAUAAAUUUAGCAGAUUUUCAAUGUUUUUCUUGGAAUCUUUUCUUGUUUACUCUUGAUCAUACUUAUGUAUCAGAAUCUAAUCAAAAAAGGCUUUCAACAAAAUCCACAUUUAUUUUUUAUUUUAUUCUUUUAGUGAGUUUUAAUCAGUGAGUAAGCCUUAUCUCUACAAAAAAAAAUUUUUUUUCAGCAAAAUUGUAGAGCUUGGAGGACGAAAUGAAAAUUCUAAUUUAACAAAAAAAUUAAAAAUAAAUUUAGCAGAUUUUCAAUGUUUUUCUUGGAAUCUUUUCUUGUUUACUCUUUAUCAUACUUAUAUAUCAGAAUCUAAUCAAAAAAGGCUUUCAACAAAAUCCACAUUUAUUUUUUAUUUUAUUAUUUUAGUGAGUUUUAAUCAGUGAGUAAGUCUUAUCUUUACAAAAAAAAAAAUUUUUUUCCAGCAAAAUUGUAAGAGCUUGGAGGACGAAUUGAAAAUUGAGGGUAGCACCCUAAUUUAACAAAAAAAUUAAAAAUAAAUUUAGCAGAUUUUCAAUGUUUUUCUUGGAAUCUUUUCUUGUUUACUCUUUAUCAUACUUAUGUAUCAGAGUCUAAUCAAAAAAGGCUUUCAACAAAAUCCACAUUUAUUUUUUAUUUAAUUCUUUUAGUGAGUUUUAUCUUUACAAAAAAUAAUUUCUUUUUCAGCAAAAUUGUAGAGCUUGAGGAAGAAUUGAGAGUUGUGGGUAACAAUCUGAAAUCUCUGGAAGUCAGUGAGGAGAAG